AUGGCCGAUUCUUCCCCUGAGACUCCUGCUGAGACUCCCACCAACGACCAGCAGGGUGACCAGCAGGGUCUUCGCCGCUCAAGUCGCUCAAACCGUGGUCAACUCAACCAGAAUCGCUCCCUCCUACAACACUAUGUCGUAGGAGAAGCGGCAGGUCGCCCGAUUCCCGGGCCCGGAUGUCGCCGCACUAUCGCAAAGCCUGAAGCUGAUGAUGAUGAGGAUAAGUCGGUACCGCUGGCACAGUCAGCGCACACAGCUUCCAACAAUGCACGUCGGCCUAGAAAGCAAAGCCAGAGUAACAAUCUUGCCAACUUUGGGAGUCAUGAGGAGGCACCGGCCCUUGCUACAGGGGCGGUAGCCUUGGGAACCCCUAGGCGAAGCAGUAUCCCAGCUUCUCAUCCUCGUUCACCCCCCCUUCAACAGAUUGGUGAUCGCCGCCGAAGUGCCUCUCCGCCCCAGUUUGCUUCUCCAAACAUGAGAGAUCGUCAAGACCUGGCUCCCCAGCAGCAGAUAAUGUCCGCUUUCCCUCGGGAGCAAGCCUUUCAGUAUGGGCCUCAACUAUCUCAGUAUGUUCUUCAGCAUGCUCCUCAGUCUCAGAACAUGGCACAGCAGCAGAUCCCAUCUCUUCCAGUGUCUGUGCAGUCCGCUCAGAUGGCUCCGCCUCAACACGUUGAGCAGCAAACUCAUGAAUCUGCCUCCAAUGCCCCUGGAGUCUAUGUGAACCCAGCGGAUUUGAUGUUAGAUACACAGCCUUUGGUGGAUCCACAGAUGAACAAUAUUCAGGGAUCUGAAAUUCCUCAGUUUGCACAACUAGUUGAGUUGUAUAAUAGCAUUCACGAGGAACGUCGCGCACAGGAAGAACGAGACCGUCUGGCUGCGCAGGAGAAAAAAGAUAAAGCGAAAGCGGCGGACGCGGAGGAGAUGGACCAGGAGGAGAUGGACGCAUUAUGGGCUCAGUUUAUAAACUCUGAUGCUUUCAAAUGA